AACGGCCUACUCAGAUAUUUUCUUCUGUCUCAUGCUGUGUUGCUAUUCUUGUUCCACCAAAUUUCAGCUUAAAGCGAGGACAAUGCAACGCCUGGAGGGUUUAAAGGCUGAGUCACCUCAGUUCACACUCGCGGGAGAGCCCUUCCGUAUCCUGGGAGGCUCUGUCCAUUACUUCCGUGUCCCCAGACCCUACUGGAGGGACCGCUUGCUGAAGAUGAAGGCCUGUGGUCUUAAUACCCUCACAACAUAUGUGCCUUGGAACCUGCACGAACCUGAAAGAGGAACAUUCAACUUUCAGGAUCAGCUAGACCUCAAGGCCUUUAUCAGUUUAGCCGCAGAGAUGGGUCUCUGGGUGAUCUUGCGCCCUGGGCCUUACAUCUGUGCCGAAUGGGAUUUAGGCGGGUUGCCAAGCUGGUUAUUGCAGGAUAAAGACAUGCAAUUGAGGACGACAUAUCCUGGAUAUGUAGAUGCCGUCAACUUGUACUUUGACAAGCUCAUCACAGUUGUAAAACCUCUGAUGUUUGCAGAGGGAGGCCCAAUCAUCGCGGUCCAAGUUGAGAACGAGUAUGGAUCGUACGCUAAAGAUGACAAAUAUAUGCCAUUUAUAAAGAACUGUCUCCAGUCCAGAGGAGUCAGUGAGCUCUUGCUAACAUCAGACAACUGGGAAGGUUUGAAAUAUGAAGGGAUGGAUGGAGUUCUUAAAACAAUAAAUCUUCAGAGACUGUCGUUUGGAGCUAUACAGCACUUAGCCGACAGGCAGCCUGACAAACCUCUAAUGGUGAUGGAGUAUUGGUGUGGAUGGUUCGACGUCUGGGGAGAGAAUCAUCAUGUCUUCCAUGCAGAAGACAUGCUGGCUGUGGUCUCUGAGAUCCUGGAGAGAGGUGUGUCCAUCAACCUGUACAUGUUUCACGGUGGAACCAGCUUUGGCUUCAUGAACGGAGCCUUGGACUUUGGAACCUACAAGCCUCAGGUCACAAGUUACGAUUAUGAUGCUCCGCUAUCUGAAGCCGGUGACUGCACGGCAAAAUACCAGCUCUUGAGGAAUCUGUUCAGUCACUAUCACUCUGAGCCUCUUCCUGAAGUGCCCACUCCUCAGGAGAGGAGGGCUUAUGGGCCUGUUUUCGUGCAGCAGCACCUGUGCCUGUGGGACAGCUUGAACUUUGCAGUCAAGCCGUAUCGGUCAGAAAGGCCGGUGAACAUGGAAAAUCUCCCCGUGAACAACAACAACGGGCAGUCGUAUGGUUACACUCUGUACGAGACCACCAUCCGGAGUGGAGGAGUCCUGAACUCCAGGAACAACAUCAGAGACAGAGCGCUGGUUUUUGUGGACAGACAGUCAGUUGGCUGUUUGGAUUACAAGACUCAUGAAGUUGUGCUCCCUGAUGUCAAGGGAGAGAGGACAUUGAGUUUACUUGUGGAGAAUAGUGGAAGAGUGAAUUACGGGAAAGCUCUCAAUGAACAGCGCAAAGGUAUUGUGGGAGACAUCGAAUUGAAUCACACACCCCUGAGAGGAUUCAUCAUCUUCUGUUUAGAUCUGAAGCCAAGCUUUUUAAAAAGAUUGGCGUGUUCAGGUCAGUGGAAAACAGACAGGAAGUCGCUGUCUGUUCCAGCCUUUGUCCAGGCCAGACUGUGUGUGGACGGCCCCCCCAGAGACACCUUCAUCAGACUCCCUGGAUGGGGUAAAGGAGUUGUGUUUGUCAAUGGGCAGAACCUUGGUCGUUACUGGUUCAUCGGUCCACAGGAUUUCCUCUAUCUCCCGGGACCAUGGCUCAGAAGUGGAGAAAAUCAGAUCAUUGUUUUUGAGGAACAAAGAUUGGAUGGCAAAAUAGAAUUUGUGGAAAAUCCUGAUCAUGGAAAGACUAUUGAUGUUUACAAACUACCCUUUUGUACACUGUUG